CCAGUGCAGCAUUUCAUGGUGCAGGGUGGAAACCAACCGCGCGCUGCUGCUGCUGCUGCCUCCACCACCAUCAUCAUCAUCAUCAUCAUCACCGCCACCAACUGCCUCCACACCAACUCUCAGCGAGCCUCACACAUGCGAGCCCGGCAAGAAAGAUGCUGCCAACUCUCAAGAUGUGGGCAUUGCUGGGCAUUGUGUCGCUGUGCUGCCUUUGUCAGCCCGUUCAUUUAAAGAAGGGCUUCCGAUGUCCUUCAACAUGCAGCUGCUCCAGGGAGUCCAUCAUGUGCGUCGGGUCCUCCUAUGUCCCAAGGAUCACCCCCAACGAAAUCAAUUCUCUGAGUGUCGUCAAUGGGACUUUCUCCGAGAUCAGGGAGGCCAUGUUCUCUCACAUGCCAUCUCUCCAACUCCUGCUUUUGAAUUCCAACUCUCUCACGACGAUAAGGGACGACGCUUUCUCGGGCCUCCCUCACCUGGAGUACCUGUUCAUUGAGAGUAAUAAGAUAGAAACUGCGUCCAAAUAUGCCUUCAGAGGACUCAGGGACUUGACUCACUUGUCUUUGGCCAACAACAACAUCAAAUCCUUGCCCAGGGACCUCUUCAUGGACCUGGACUCACUAAUCGAGCUUGACCUACGAGGCAAUGCCUUUGAGUGUGACUGCCGUGCCAAGUGGCUGAUGACGUGGCUGAAGAACACCAAUGCCACAGUGUCAGAUGUCAUGUGUGCUGGACCCGAGGAGAUGAAGGACAAGCGCCUCAAUGACAUGACCAGUCUGCACGAUGAGUGCGUCUCAACGGAUUUUGUCCUCCAUCAGUCUGUGGCAUCCGAGUCUCUCUCUGUUGACACAUUUAGUUAUAAGAAUGACGUCUAUGUGACUAUUGCUGCACCCAGCAUAGAAAGCUGUAUGGUUUUCCAGUGGGACCACAUAGAAAUGAACUUCAGGACUUAUGAUAACAUCACAGGUCAGUCCAUUGUGGGGUGCAAGUCUGUUGUCAUUGAGGACCAGGUGUUUGUCAUCGUGGCUCAGCUGUUUGGAGGUUCCCACAUCUACAGGUUUGAUGAGGACCAGAGCAGGUUCAGCAAGUUCCAGGACAUAGAGGUGUCCAAGAUAUCCAAGCCCAAUGACAUUGAGGCGUUCCAGAUUGGCACUGACUGGUUCUUUGUGAUUGCUGACAGCUCAAAAGCAGGCCUCUCCACCCUCUACAAAUGGAACAAUAAGGGUUUUUAUUCAUACCAGUCACUCCAUGAGUGGUACCGAGACACAGAUGCAGAAUUCUUGGACUUGGACGGAAAGGCCCACCUUCUUUUGGCAAGCCGCUCACAGGUGCCUGUGAUCUACCAGUGGAGCCGCAGCAACCAGAAGUUUGUCCUACAGGGAGAUAUCCCCAAUAUGGAGGAUGUUGUAGCUGUGAAGCACUUCCGGAUCAAGGGGGAACUGUACCUGGCCAUGACACGCUAUAUCGGAGAUUCCAAAAUUCUACACUGGGGUGCCAAACAGUUUGCAGAGAUCCAGGCCCUUCCCUCACGGGGAUCAAUGAUUCUGCAGCCAUUUUUUUUUAAAGAUCGCUACUACCUGGCUCUGGGAAGUGACUACACCUUCUCGCAGAUCUACCUGUGGGAUGAUGAAAAUAAACUCUUUGACCGCUUCAAGGAGGUGUACAUCCAGGCCCCACGCUCUUUCACUGUGGUUUCCACUGACCGCAGGGACUUCAUCUUUGCCUCCAGCUUCAAGGGAAACACACAAAUCUUUGAGCACAUCAUCAUUGACUUGAGCUUAUGAGGGGCCGUGCCUUAUUGCACCUCCUGCAAUCAAACGUCUUCCACUAAAAAGAUAAUAUGUGUGAGGGGGAAUGAAUGGACCCCCACAUAUUUUUUGAAAUUGUUGGGAAAAAAAAAAAAAAAAAUACAAACUUUCCUACAAAGGUUUCUGUCUUGAGUAAGAGCUGAGUCGAGCAGAGCAGUGUUUGGAAUCGUCUGAAGGUGUCUUGAUUAUUUCUCCAUGGCCUUGUCCCGUCACCGGUUUGAAUUGUCCUUCUCUCUUUUUGAGAUACCCGUAUUUCAAAUGGGCUUAAGUGGAGAGUCAGUAGGUUUUGCAGCUCUCCUUGUGGAAAUAUAGCUGAGAUUUCUGAAGGGUAUUAUUGCAUCUAAUUGGACGUAGACAUUUUUGAUUGCUGUCCCCCAUGUUGAUAGUUUUAUACCCUCAGAGAAAGCCCAUGUGACAAAUUUAGUUUUAUUCGGGACAUCUGCAGAUGGAAAAACACUUGCCGUGUACCUCCUGUCCCUGUGAUAAUGUGCUGUACAGGAUGUUGCCUUCUGGGUUUAAUUGACCCACAGUGCCUCCCUCUGGCCGUGAUAAAGUAUCACACCUGUUCGCUUUACUUUCAUACAGUGAAUGUCUUGAAAGCACAAUAACCUUUAAUUAUGAGAGCAGAGAUCACAGUGUAGUUGUUUAGUGGAAAAUAUACUGUAGGUGCUAUAGAUGGUAUUGUCUAAGGCAUUAUUAGCUUAAUGCCUUAGACAAAUGUUUCAUAUAUGAAUAUAAAAUCCCUACUUAGAUACUAUUUUAGUCCAGAUGUACCUUGAGUGGAAAGUAGGACACAUUUGUAAUCAAUGUGGUGGAAAGGACUGUGAUGUCAGGGUAAUUAAAUGUACUUAAAAUAUUGAGAAAAUGACCCCAGUUGUUGGUCUGUUGAUUUUGUUCUCGACAUAUUAAAUACAUACGACAGAGGAUGGAAUUUGUUAAAUAAGGGGAAAAAAAUGAUGUACAUAUGUCCACUUCAGCUAUGACUAUUUCAGUCCACAUUUCUGUUCUUUGAAAAAAAUCGAACGUUGAUUCUCGAGCGGGAAAAUGUACAUAAAAAGAACAAGGAUAGCAAUGCCACUUCCUGUUUGACACUAAUUCAAACAGUUGUUUGCACUUAAUUUAAAGAUAAAAUACAAUUUUAAAACAAAUGUUACCACAACUUGCAAGUGCAUGACAUUCAAAAAAAAGGGUGUUUGCGAAAUUCUUUUUUAGGCGUUUCGAACAAACUCAAAAGACUCAUUAAAGGUCCAGUGUGUAAGAAUUAGUGACUCUCUACUACUGGUGAGGUUGGGGAUUGUAACACAUGGAGAUCUCCUGUGAUCACCUACUGUACCUCGCCCAAAAAUGUCAGGGAACCACAGUGGCUUUCACAUACCAGUGAGAGUGCAGUUGGCAAUGCCCUUGUCUAAAUGAAAUAUAAAAGGCUUAUUCUAAAGUUUUAGAACCCCAACAAUUUCUAUUUUAAAGUCAUUACAUACACAUAAUAAACUAUAAACCCCAAUAUACUUGCAGACAAAUAACUCCUCAGUUCCCCCCUCCCUUUGCUUUACGUUUAUGAAACUAUGCUUAGCUCCGCAUACCAGAAAGGAUGUCAUUCUUCUUAGUUUCCUUUAGGUUCCACAUAAAAACGUGAAAUGCAUACUUUGUUUCCUUUCAGACUGCUUUAGAAGUCUGGCGGCAUCCAAAAACUAAUUAAUAUGGGCCCUCGCCCAUAUUUAAUUGAACCAAUUUUAUUUUGAAGCAAUCAUACUUAUGGUUAGUAUAUAGUAUGUUACAUUUCUGCAAAGUGACCUUUCCUAAACAUUACACACUGGACCUUGAAGUGAAUGGUAUUGCUAAAUGAUCAAAACAAUAACAGAAUAUUAUGCAGGCUUUAUAACAUGCAGAUUCUUUUGUACAAUUAUGUUUAACGCAUAUUGAAUGUUAUUCUCAAAAUAGAGGUCAUGUGAAUUUAAUCAGUUGUGUAUGAAAAUAAAUGUGUAGAAACAUGA